AUGAAAAAGGAGUUCACCGAUGAGGUUAUAAUCCAAUCUGCGAUGAGGCACAAGAACAUUGUCAUGCUCAUAGGCUGCUGCUUGGAGCUGGAUGUUCCCAUGUUGGUGUAUGAGUUUGCAGCGAGAGGGAGUCUGUAUGAUGUUCUCUUCAAGUGCAGAGAUAGGAUUCUGGUAGGCACACGAUUGCGGAUUGCCAUUGGGUCAGCCAAAGGCUUAACAUACAUGCAUUCAGCAGGGGAGGGUACAAUCCGUCAUGGUGACGUGAAAUCUGCCAACAUCGUUCUCGAUAAAAAGUUCACCCCAAAGGUUUCAGACUUUGGGACAUCAAAGCUACUCGCGAGAGGAAAAGCUGAGAUGACAGAACAUGUCAUUGGGGACAUGAGCUACAUAAAUCCGAUAUAUAUGGAGCAAGGGAUUGUUACACAGAAGAGCGAUGUCUAUGGUUUCGGAGUUGUCCUCAUAGAACUUAUCACAAGGAGGCCUGCAACAUAUGAUGCUGAGAGGAGCUAUGUUGCAAACUUUGUUGAAGCUUGUCUAGCAAAAAGAGCAAGAAACUUUAUUGAUAACAAUAUUACAAGCGAGGCGGAUAUCGAUCUCUUGGAAAUGGUCAGCAGGGUCACCGUGGAUUGUCUGAAGCCCAAUCCAGGAGAACGACAAGACAUGAAACAAGUAGAGAACCGCCUCCUCGAGAUUGUUGCACAUUCUGUGGACCAUAGUCAGGAGAGGAACUACGAGGGAGAUCUUAGUCCGGCACCGGAUGAUGUUGCUUUGCUUAAAGCCUUCGGAGAAUGA